AUGCUCUCCAUCUUGAUACUCCUCGUGGUUGCACUCGGUGCCAUUGCGCACACCACCCCAGACGGAUGUCCGCGCAAGGUGGGUGCGGAAGGCGUGCAGGUUCGCAUACCUCCAACGUUCAAUACCACCAACCAUGCACAUCACGGCAGAUCAUGGCCACCACCACCUGUCGGUUUUUACUUCAAACCAUGGUCAAUGAUUCUCGCGUCAAACCCUCAGUAUGCUGCGAUGCGGAACGUCCAAUACGACCCGACACCGAUCGAUCCCUCUGAGCCCACUGGAGUUGUGAACGAUCUCUUCUCAUUCCAAUUUCCAGGCAAUGACACAAUCAUUACAACAUAUGGCGUCGACACGCCGCAUCCCAGCUUGCCAGCAGUGCUGGACUUUGCAGGGACUGGGAUCUUGGUCGGAGCCACGUGCCAGUACAGCAUCUUGGUUUGGGGCUGUGACGCGAACAGAGUCCCAUACUACGCGAGCUAUUCGACGGCAGUGGAGUUCACCCAAACGCCCCCGGGUAUCGACCUGAUGAGUACGAGUGAUCAAGGACCUGAUCAGGAAACGAUCGAUGCUGUUUUGAAGGCGUUGAAGAAGCUGGGAAAUGAGGAGAUCACCAAGUAUGUUGCAGCGUUGGAGAAGAUGGUGCAGGAUGGGGGUAGAAGAGGCAUGCCUAGGGCUACAUGCGACGACUAUUGCAAGACGAAUCAGGGCCUCAUCGGGAUCGGAGGCUAA